AUGUCAUUGAGUCUGGCUUGUGCUCUUCUAGCAACAACUUCUAGCGCUUUUGCUCAACUGGCCCCUGCGCUCGAGGACUGCACGACUACCAUCAGCUCCAUUGCAGAUGCUACAAAUGCUAGUACUUGUGCUACAGUCAACAUAAAUGGCUUCACCGUUCCUGCAGGAGAAGGUUUUACUCUUAACCUUGCAGAUGGUGCUACCGUCAAUUUACUCGGUGAUGUUUUGUUUGGCAAUAAGUCCUGGGAAGGCCCUCUAUUCACUAUCCGUGAGCAGCUUCAUUAUCUUUCUCUCAAUGGAAACGGCUUCAUCUUUGACGGAGGAGGUCCAUUCUACUGGGAUGGCUUGGGUGGCAAUGGCGGUAUUCUCAAGCCCGGUCCGAUGAUGAAGAUCAAGAUGUCAGGCAGCUUCAACAACCUGAAAGUCGUAAAUUCCCCACGACAUGUAUUUAGUGUAUCCAAUGGCCAGAGACCUCUUACUAUCUCAGGAUGCACAGUUGAUGAUUCUCAGGGAUUCCAACCUAAUAAUCAAAGCAAUGGGACUGCCGCUGGACACAAUACAGACGGAUUUGACAUAUCAUCUUCCAACGUACUAUUCACCGGAAAUACUGUCAUCAGCCAGGACGAUUGUCUCGCCAUCAAUAAAGGUUCCAAUAUAACUUUCACAAACAAUACAUGCUCAGGAGGCCACGGCAUUUCUGUCGGCUCGAUUUCGUCGGAUGCAUCCGUGUCUAACAUCGCAAUUACCGAUAACACCAUCAUAAACAACGACCAAGCACUGCGCAUCAAGACGAAGGCGUCGGCUGUUAACGGAAGUGUUGCUAAUAUCACAUAUUCCGGGAAUACCGGUACUGGCAUGCGUAGGUUUGGCAUCAUUAUUGACCAAGGUUAUCCAAAAACUCUGGGAAAACCUGGGACUGGGGUUAUUAUCUCUGACGUGAACUUUAUCGGCGAGAUGAACAAUAUCACGGUGAACGACAAGGCUGUUCGAGUGGCAGUCAAUUGUGGUGAGGGUGCUUGUCAGGGAACAUGGAACUGGACUUCUCUUGUUGUCACUGGCGGACAGAAGAGCAACAUAUCUGGAUUUGAUGGGAUAACCGGGGGCUCGUUUUAA